AUGGCAAAAGAGUUAACUGGUUUACAUUUAGCUAACAUUAUCAGUUUAGAAAAGAAAACUAAGACUUUUGAAUAAAUUGUAUAAGUUGAAUCAGGAAGUCUUUUAAAAUCAAGUUAUCAAAAGGAUAGAAAAAGUGAAAAAUAAUAACAAGAUUCAAAACAAAUUAAUUAAAACCUUUUUGAUAUCAAAUGA